GUGGCCCACGCCAUUUCUACAUGGAACUGCUAUCCAGUGGGCGCUAAACCCAAAAAGCCAGUCCUUGCAAAAUCUCCGUCUCCUAAUCUCCUCUUCCUUGCAGAGGUCAGAGAAAAUGGCGCUUCAAAUACUGAAGCUACCCAUCAUCAUAUCACGCUGUUACUGUUCUUGCAGCUCCAGCAAUAGCUUCUUUUUCUCCUGCAAAUUAUCAUACAGAACUCCAAAGCUUUCUGCGAGAUGGGUCGAGUUCAAAGCCCGCAAUCAUCCUUCUGUAAGAACCUUUGCUUCACUGACCACGGAGAAGGGUCAACCAAAGAAAAAGAAAAGGAGACUGGAUGAACUGUGUCUUGAGAGAUUUCAGCAAUACAGCCGGACAUUUAUACAGUCAUGGAUUCUACAAGGCAAAGUGCUUGUGGACGGAAAAGUUGUUAAUAAAGCAGGGAGUCAAAUCUCCGAUAAAGCUGUCGUGGAGAUCAUUGCUGAAGUUCCCAAAUAUGUCUGCAGAGGAGGACACAAAUUGGAGGCUGCUAUUGAAAACCUGGGCAUUGAUGUUGCAGGGAAAGUAGCUCUUGAUUCAGGCUUGUCUACUGGAGGAUUUACUGAUUGUUUACUUCAGUAUGGUGCUUCAUUUGUCUAUGGAGUUGAUGUAGGAUAUGGACAGGUGGCAGAUAAAAUUCGGCGAGAUGAGCGUGUAAGUGUUAUUGAGCGUACAAACUUGAGAUACCUUUCUGAACUCCCACAGAAGGUUGAUUUAGUAACUUUGGACCUCUCCUUUAUUUCGAUACUUUUGGUUAUGCCUGCAGUUAUCAAUUUGAUGAAGGAAGAAGCUACUUUAGUUACUCUAAUUAAACCUCAAUUUGAGGCUCGGAGAUCCCAAGUUGGAGGAGGUGGAAUUGUAAGAGAUCCCUUAGUCCAUCAAGAGGUGAUUGAGAAGAUCAUAAAUGGAGUUCAAAACCAUGGGUUUCAAUGCAAAGGUUGGAUUGAAUCACCUCUAAAAGGAGCUGAAGGAAAUAUAGAGUUUCUGGCUUGCUUCAGUCGACAGGCAGUCAUUAGUGAAGAAGUCGAAAAACAAUGAGCCUACCUAACAUCUGGAUCAAACAUGUAUUGUACUGGCAUGCUGGAUAUGUUUCCGAAAACAUUAAAGAGCACAGCUUCUAAAGGGCUUGGAGGUCAAAUCAAUUACAUGGAAGCAUAAUUCUUAAGUAGGAAUUCCAGAUGAAUGGCCUUCUGAGUUUUUGGUCCUUUCGUCACUAUGUCUAUAAACAGUGAACAUCUCAAGUUUUGGCGACGUUCGGCAUGCCACCAACACUUGCAGCAAGAGGAUGGUGGUUGGACUUUUAGUUCACGUCGUGUAGCUUCUGGUUUACGACUGUGAAUUUCGAGUCCAAUUACCUGUUUAUACAAUAGUCAGCUGGCAAUGGAAUGUAAUGCAUGUUCAUACUGCAUUUCCAAAAGGCAAAACUAUGGGUUACUGAAAUGCCUUUGUAAGUGCUGCAUAACUACUACUACUUUUUAAAAUAUUGGAAUAUGGGUUUUAAUGGAGUGACAUGGAUAGUCAUAGUUCAUAUA